AGAAAAACUAAAAGUGCAUUGGCCGUCAGCAACGAAACGAUGGCGAUGGCAUCGCUAAUUAGAAAGUGCAUGAGAUUGCGGCCCUUCUCGUCGCCUCUAAAUAAGUUAAGAGACUGCAAUGUUCGCUGUUUGGGGAGUCUAGCCACCCUAUCAGAUACUCACCAAAUGUUACAUAAGACAUGCAAAGAUUUUGCAGACAAUGAACUGAAACCCAUUGCUGGACAGUUAGACAAAGAACACAGAUUCCCAGCAGAGCAGUUUAAAAAAUUGGGAGAGUUGGGCCUUUUGUGCAUUACCGUUCCUGAGAGUGAAGGCGGGACUGGUUUAGACUACCUGGCAUAUGCCAUAGCUUUAGAGGAAAUCAGUCGAGGAUGUGCCUCCACAGGUUGCAUCAUGAGUGUGAUGAAUUCCUUAUAUUUGACUCCUAUACAAAAUAAUGGUAAUGAGCAGCAAUAUGAGAAAUACCUUAGACCCUUCCUUCAUGGUGAAAAAGUGGGAUGUUUUGCACUCAGUGAACCAGGUAAUGGCAGUGAUGCAGGUGCAGCCUCAACAACAGCCAAGCUUGUAGGUGACCACUGGGUACUGAAUGGUAGCAAAGCUUGGAUAACAAACUCUUAUGAAGCGGAGGCAGCUGUGGUUUUUGCUACCACAGACAAAUCUAAGUAUCACAAGGGUAUCAGUGCUUUUAUAGUUCCAAUGCCAACAGAAGGACUGAGUUUGGGGAAAAAAGAGGACAAGCUUGGAAUCAAGGCCACCUCAACAUGCACUUUGAAUUUUGAUGACUGCCACAUACCAAAAGAAAACUUGUUAGGGGCACCAGGGAAUGGAUUCAAAAUUGCCAUGCAAACCCUCGAUGCAGGAAGAAUAGGCAUUGCUGCUCAGGGAGUUGGGAUUGCACAGGCAUCCCUUGAAUGUGCUUUAGACUAUGCUAACAAGAGGGAAGCAUUUGGAGCACCCAUUGCCAAAACACAGGCUAUUCAGAUGAAGAUAGCUGAUAUGGCAUUAAGAAUAGAAAGCUCUAGGAUGUUGAUGUGGAAAGCAGCCAUAUUGAAGGAUAAUGGGCUUAACUUCACGAAGGAAGCUGCCAUGGCCAAACUUGCAGCAUCAGAGGCAGCAACAUUUUGUGCACAUCAGGCUAUUCAAGUUCUAGGAGGCAUGGGUUAUGUUACAGACAUGCCAGCAGAGAGACACUACAGAGAUGCCAGGAUUACAGAGAUAUAUGAAGGCACCAGUGAAAUACAGAGACUGGUUAUUGCUGGAAACAUAUACAAAGAGUAUUAUGGAUGAAAUCAAAUUAAUGCACGUACCUCAUGUUCAGAAAAACAUGUUAUUGAUUUCAUCAUUUCUUAGAAUAUCAUCAGUGUAGAGUUUUGAAGAUUAUUUCAAUACUUAAAAGUUUCAUUGGAGAUUGUUUUAUUUACAUGAUAGUUUCAAGCAGUGUUUAUAUUCUUUCAACAAUGGGUAAAAUACUUCACCACAUUUAACAAGGGAUGUGAGUGGAUGUAGUAAAAUAUACUGACAGUCAAUGAAAACGCAUCAGAAAACUGUCCUUUUUUUACCGAGAAUUCCAACCAUAUAAAUGAGUACAAAU